GAGUGAAGUAACUCUUAGUGCUUACCGUCAGCUGCCGAUCACACUCUGCUCCUCUCACCUCUGUCUCGUUCAAAAUGAGUCUUCGAGUUACUUUACUGCUUCUCUUUGAAUUGUCCCUUUACGCCGCUGUUUCAUCAAAGAAAGUGUGUGGGCGCCCCACUGUCUCGGGUGAGGUGGAGGUGGAGGCCCUCCAGAGGGUGUAUGAGCCCGGGGAGGAGGCUGUGCUCUCCUGUGCACCCGGCUACGUCCGUGCUGGUGGCUCCCGUGUCAUUAUCUGCACCAGAGACGGGGACUGGGGAAAAGUCAGCCUCAAAUGUGCACCAAAAAGCUGUCCCCCACUUAACGAUCCAACACAUGGAACGGCUGAGUUCAUAAACAUUGUGUACAAGAGCACCAUCAACUACACCUGUGAUGAGGGGUAUAUUCUAAACGGAACAACUAACAGUACCUGUAUGCAUGAUGGAAAAUGGAGUCAUCCUCCUCCAGUUUGUGAACCUGUUACCUGUGGCCUGGCCCCAAUCCCCAUCUAUGGCAAAAUCGUUUAUGACAAAAAGCCAGUUGGGGACAUUGUUACAUUUGGAUUCGGGGGGCGAUACGAGUGUCUGCCCCCUCUUGCACUCUUUGGCAACGAGAAAGCCUCCUGCACUGCCCAUGGCAACUGGACAGUGCCUCCAGAAUGUCGAAUCGUGGUUUGCCCUGCCCCAACUGCAAUACCCCACGGCUUCAUCACGUUUGCAGUGAAGAGGGAACAUGGCUACAAGGAGAGAGUGAAGUACGGCUGCGAUGCCAACUACGUCAUGGAUGGAGCUCCGGAAAUUGAGUGCGAGAAAACAAGCCAGUGGUCCACCAAGCCAGUGUGCCGAGCUCCAUGCACUGUCAACGUCAAAAGAGGACGCAUCUUCUACAAUGCCAAAAAGAUGUGGAUUGAGGACUUUAAGCCAAACAGACUGCUGCACAAUGAGUAUGUAGUAGUCUACUGCCUGAACAAGGAGAACAAAUGUGGAUAUCCAGUUGCAACCCAAUGCAUCGAUGGCACUUUGAAGAUCCCAGAGUGUUAUGAGGAACCAAGCGGGACAACAUAUACCCUAAAUUCAAAGUCACUUCCAUCUGAGAUCAAGAUGUGUCCAUAAAGGGGAAGUGGAAGAGCACAGUCCAGAGUUCUCAUUGCUCUUCUAUUCUAUGUUCUUUAUAUACAAUUUUGGGCGCUUCAUUCACCUAAUAAAAGUGUUUGAGGCUUGUUA